GACUGACCAACAAGCACGUUCACAUCCCCGAGGAUCCGUUAACCACGCCCACAAUAACGUUAGUCAUUGCGGGUGAGUUGAUUGGCCAGAGAGAUCUGGCAGUCAUAACUCCGCGCCACGCCCCUUGCUGUGUAAUCCGUUGUAGCUCGAGCGCACAGAGUUUUUCACUCUCUACAGAUGUUUCAGCAUGAGCAGAGCGGAGCGCAUGCCCAAGUUUCCUGAGCAGGAUUUACUUUCACUCCGCAGCUCGAAGGGGAUCUAACACUAACGGAGAGUAAAAUUGUUAACGGAGUUUGACUCUCAUACGAGAAGAAAAUGCCUGUGGCUAUUCUUAUGCCUUUCACGGCAACCCCGAGUAGGAAGUCCGUUAGCGCGAGCUCGUUCAGGCUAACGGAGAAAUUCGUUCUGCUGUUAGUUUUCAGCGCGUUCAUCACCUUCUGCUUCGGAGCGAUCUUCUUCCUGCCGGAUUCAUCCAAGCUCUUCUUCUUCCACUCGGACAGGGCGGCGGAGGGUGGCGACACCCGGACAGGUACGGACGGAGACUCCGGUGGAGGAGGCGGAGGAGGUGGAGGUGGAGGAGUUGGUGGAGGAGGAGGAGGAAGCACGGGAAAGGACGAGAGAAUCCUGGAUAAGAUUAGGAGAGACCACGAACAGGCGCUGCUCGAAGCCAAGGACACGCUGCAGAAGAGACCGGAUGAAAUCAAGCAGGACAUCCGAAGCGAGAAGGACCAAGUUGCGAAGAACCGAGGAGGAGCGGAGGGUGACGGCGGGGUCGCUCUGCCCGUUAUUGAGUUCCCUCGACCUCCUGGGGCGACAGGGCGAGAGCCCUCCGACCCGGAAACGAGGGAGAGACGAGCGAAAAUUAAAGAGAUGAUGCAGUUUGCUUGGGGUAAUUACAAGCGCUACGCCUGGGGCUCCAAUGAGCUGCGGCCCGUCUCCAAGCAAGGCCACUCCAGUAAUCUGUUUGGCAGUCUGAGGGGCGCGACAAUCGUGGAUGCUCUGGACACCCUUUACAUCAUGGAGAUGUACGACGAGUUUGAGGCCGCCACCGAGUGGGUGGAGAAGAAUCUGGACUUUAACAUGAACGCAGAAAUCUCCGUCUUUGAAGUGAACAUCCGCUUCGUCGGAGGACUUCUCUCGGCCUAUUAUCUUUCCGGCAAAGAGGUGUUCAGGAGGAAAGCCAUCGAGCUUGGAGAGAAAUUACUGCCUGCAUUCAAGACACCCACAGGCAUCCCUUGGGCCCUUCUCAACCUUAAAAGUGGCAUAGGCAGGAACUGGCCGUGGGCGUCAGGAGGCAGCAGCAUUUUAGCCGAGUAUGGCACGCUGCAUCUGGAGUUUGUCCAUCUGAGCAGGCUGUCUGGGAAACCUGUAUUUGCUGAGAAGGUCAUGAACAUCCGGAAGGUUCUUAAUCGUCUGGACAAGCCUCAAGGACUUUACCCCAAUUACCUGAAUCCCAACAGUGGACAGUGGGGACAACAUCACGUGUCCGUGGGUGGCCUGGGUGAUAGUUUCUACGAAUACCUGCUCAAAGCCUGGAUCAUGUCUGACAAGCAAGACGAGGAAGCCAAGAAGCUCUACUACGACGCCCUGAAGGCCAUUGAGGCGGGUUUGAUCCGGAGGUCAAGCAGUGGUCUUACCUACAUCGCAGAAUGGAAAGGAGGUCUACUAGAGCAUAAGAUGGGUCACCUGACCUGCUUUGCUGGGGGGAUGAUCGCUCUCGGGGCAGACGGGGCUGCCGAGGACCAAACCGGUCACCAAAUGGAACUGGCAGCCGAGAUCACACGCACAUGCCACGAGUCGUACGCCAGAACCAACCUUAAGCUGGGGCCGGAGGCGUUCAGGUUCGACGGUGGUGUAGAAGCCAUCGCCACGCGACAGAAUGAGAAAUACUUCAUCCUGAGGCCAGAAGUCAUCGAAACCUACAUGUACUUGUGGAGGUUCACUCACGACCCCAAAUACAGGCAGUGGGGCUGGGAGGCCGUCCAGGCUCUGGAGCAGCACUGUAGGGUGGAGGGAGGCUACAGUGGAGUAAGGGACGUCUACAGCAACACUCCCAGCCACGAUGACGUCCAGCAGAGCUUCUACCUAGCUGAGACACUAAAGUACCUGUACCUGUUGUUCUCUGAUGACGACCACCUGCCGUUCGAGCACUGGGUCUUCAACACCGAGGCUCACCCUCUUCCCGUCAUCAAGGCAGAGAGGGAGAGCUCAGACAGGAAAGAACAGCUGUAGCAGCGCUUACGCUUCCCCACAACGCCCCUCGCAAGGACAUCUCCAGCUGUGAGCAAGUGCUCGGACCUGUAGCUGCAAUCUCCAGCAGCGCAGUCGACCGCCUUCUGACCGCUCAUUCUCCACCCGAAAACGUCCUGCAGGUCUCUCCCGGGGCUGAGCAUCUUCUCCGUUUAGAGAUAGCAGUGUGCAUGCUGCCCUUCUCCUGAAACCCCACCCCCUUUGUUUUCUCACCCCGAUCGGUCCGAAUGAGCUUCUCUUCUCUCCUCCGUGAGGAGACCCGGACCACCGUCUUCACUCGGAUCACGUUCAUCACGUUGUAUUUCACACAUGACACGCAAAAACGAAGCCAUAUUUCGUUAAAAAAGUCUGUUUGAUUCCGAUAAUUCAUUGUGUAUGAUUUCUAUAAAGUGUGUGUGCGUGUGUGUUUUUCUGUCCGCCACAAUGGCAAGGUAGUGAUAUGGAGUUAACUAGUGCCUUUUUAGCUUAAUGACCAACUGUUCUGCUUGUGUAAGUGAUUCCAUGAACUGAGGAAGCUUUAGUUCAGGAAGAGUGUAUGGUCUUUGAUUUGGAUUGUUUUUGUUUUGUUUUUGUUUUGUUUUUGUUUGGGUUUUUUUCCCUCCUUUCUCAGUUGUCUGACCUCAGACUUCCAGGACAACACAAGAAAUUCACGGUGUGAAAGAUGACUUGGACGACAUGCCGCGAUUGACGUUGCAUUAGGAAACAGCGUCCCGUUCGAGUCGAUUCCCGCAUACGUCAGUGCUUCCUUUUCCUCCCUCCAGUCGCGCUCUGUUUCAAUGAGAAACUUCGGACUUUCACUGUUUACUCGCUCGAGCGUGGCCGGGGAUAUCGGACAUAUGUACAAAUAGGGUAGUUUAUGUUAAUUUAUGACUCGUGAAAUAAGAAGUGUUUUUUAAGCCUCACAGGCGCACGGAUGAAGGAGCCUAGCCUCGCCGAUGAUGAUGGCGAUGAUGAAGGUCAUGAUGAUGAUGACUACAAGAGAAAUCAUCCUCCAGUGCUAACGAGUCAGCAGCAUCAAUCAGCAAGACUGAAUGAUUAUGUCUGAAUGUACCACCAAAUGUGAAGUGAACUUUAUUUCUUACCUGCCUUGUGUUACGGUUUCUGCUUUCUUUUCUCAUGAAAGCACAAAAAAAUUGUGAAUUUUGUUUCUUUCAUAGAAAAAGGGGGGAAGCGUCCUAGUGUGGAACUUGUGUAGAAAGCACACAAAAGGAAUUAGCAAAGAGAUUCAAAGAAAGCAAACAUACAUAUACCAGUAAGGGUAGAUGACACUGGAUAAAACACACACACACACACACGUACACACAGUGAUGUUAGUACUGGGGAAUGCCACAGCUGGCAAGGAUCAACAGUGUGUGUGUGUGUGUGUGUGUGUGUGUGUGUGUGUGUGUGUGUGUGUUUUUUGCUAUUUUUUCCCCUCGUAGUGUCCGUGUCUAGCGUCUAGGCAACUUCCACUAACCUCUUAGCAUCUGAGUGAACUGUGUAGUAUGUAAAGUUCCACUUCCCUAAAAUGUAAUCGGCGAAGCUAAAUUCCGCUCCUCUAGUUUUGCUCUGGAGCUACAAGGCUAAUAUAGCUAGCUACCAAUUAAAGGAAAUCUGUCUCGCCCCGAAA